AUGGCUGAUCUUUUCGUGAAUCUGACCACUCCAAACGGUCAUAGCUAUAUCCAACCCAGAGGGCUCUUUAUCAACAACGAGUUUGUCAGGGGAUCAGGAGAGACUAUCUCGACACUAGACCCUGCAACCGAGUUAGAAAUCACAUCCGUGCAUGCGGCCACCGUGGAUGAUGUUGAUCGUGCCGUUCGCGCAGCGAAGGCAGCUUUAAAGGCACCAUCGUGGAAGAAACUUCCCGCAACCGAACGGGGAAGGCUACUCGUCCGUCUUUCAGAGCUGAUUGAAGAGAAGAAAGAACUAUUUGCUAGCAUUGAUGCAUGGGACAAUGGCAAAACAUAUCAACUCGCCAUGGAGGAUGAUCUGCCCGACUCCAUUGGUACAUUCCGGUACUACGGCGGCUGGGCCGAUAAGAACUUCGGGCAGACCAUCGAAACCACGCCUGAGAAGUUUGCAUACACUCUGCGUCAACCCGUCGGCGUGGUUGGCCAGAUCAUCCCCUGGAACUUCCCUCUGGCAAUGGCUGCAUGGAAACUCGGGCCUGCCUUGGCUUGUGGUAAUACUGUCGUGCUCAAGGCAGCGGAACAAACACCACUGAGUGUUCUCCUCCUCGCCACUCUUAUUCGGGACGCAGGAUUCCCUCCAGGAGUGGUCAAUAUCAUCAACGGAUAUGGUCGUGAGGCCGGCGCCUCUCUCGUUCAACAUCCCCUGGUUGAUAAAAUUGCCUUCACGGGAUCUACAACUACCGGUGGCCAGAUUAUGAAGUCAGCUAGUGGCUCCCUGAAAGAAAUCACGCUGGAAACUGGUGGAAAGUCCCCAUUGCUUAUUUUCGAGGAUGCCGACCUCGAUCAGGCGGUCAAAUGGUCUCAUGCCGGUAUAAUGUCGAACCAGGGACAGAUCUGCACAGCCACCUCCCGGAUCUUCGUGCAGCGCAGUAUCUACGACCGGUUCCUUUCCCUCUUCAAAGAGCGUGUUCGGACAGCAUCCGUCAUUGGGGAUCAAUGGUCCGCGACUACAUUCCAGGGUCCCCAAGUAACUCGCGCCCAGUAUGAUCGAGUGUUGCAUUAUAUCAAUUUGGGCAAGCAGGAAGGAGCCACAGUCGAGACGGGAGGUGAGGCAUUCGCGUCUCCGGAUGGUAAGGGGUUCUUCGUCCAGCCAACCACUUUCACCAAUGUCACGCCCUCGAUGCAGAUUUAUAGGGAUGAGAUCUUUGGUCCUGUUGCUGUGGUUGUUCCCUUCGAGACGGAAGAGGAUGCUAUCGAGUAUGCAAACGAUACUCUGUAUGGUCUGGGGGCAGCGGUCUUUACAAUGAACCUGCGCCGUGGUCAUCGUGUCGCUGCAGAAAUUGAAGCUGGCACUGUCUGGCUGAAUAGUAGUCAGGACAGCGACCAUAGGGUUCCUUUUGGGGGCUACAAGGCUAGCGGAGUGGGCCGGGAGCUCGGCCAGGCGGGUUUGGAGGCGUACACUCAGAUCAAAGCGGUUCAUGUAAAUAUGGGUAAUGAUCUCUGA